CCUCCAGGCCUAGAACGCGUGCUGGAAGAACUAAUGGGGGAGUCAGCGGGCUAAAGUGCACGUUCAGAUCUGUACCCAGCGUCAGGCAGUUCCUCAGCCUCUCACGUUCCGCUGCCCACUGAACAUGAACAACCACAAGACUGGAAUCCCACCGCCCCCUGCUUCGUCUGCCAGGGCGAGCACAGUGCACACCUGACGGAGGCGCCGUCAGAGGCAGCAGACACUCCUCACACAUGCCCCGAGGACUCACCAGGGAGAGCCUCGACCUCACCUGCCCCACCGGAGGACCUCACAGCAGAUGCCCACCACCUCCGCCCUGAGGAGGCCACCACACUCGACCUCUCCACCCCACGACCUCCAUCCACGCCCUCCUCGUCGACUCUCUCGAGAGGCUGUGUGCCGAGGCCCUAUAUGAGUACCCUCGGGCAAGGUGUUGGGUCCCUAGGGGUUCUAAGCGGGGAGGUUGGAGGUCCUCGUCUGCCUCUCGACCUCUACACUGCCAACCUCCCUCCACACCUCCUGCCCUGGAUUCUCUCCUCACACCUCCACCAGCUGGCCAGGGUCCACCAGGCGCAACAGGAGUCCCAAGAGGCGCUGACGGAGGACAAGGAGCAGCAGCCACUUGACCUGAGUGCCAAAUCUCACCUGACCGCCGCCGUCAAAUCUGAGCUGAACACUUCCUUGAUGCAGCACCACCACCACCACCACCACCACACCCCCACCACCACCACCACCUACGAAGCCGUGAAGCCCCUCCCUCCUAUAGACCCCAAGAUAACCUCCACCAGAGGUCGGCGGCGAGGUGACAUGAGUAAAAGGUCAUACACUGAGGAGGAGUUGCAGGCAGCGUUGAGAGACAUUCAGAGUGGCAAGUUGGGCACCAGGAGAGCGGCAGUCAUCUAUGGCAUUCCGCGCUCUACCCUCAGGAACAAAGUUUAUAAAUUAGCGAUGGAGCGAGAUCGAAAUAAAAAACUGGCGGAACAGACCAACUCCAGUUUGGUGCCGGAGACGAAGGCCUUCCCACACUUCCACAAUGGCGUGAGUGACGCCAGUGGGGUGACCAGCGACCUGGACCACGAGAUGAACUCUUCCCCAGAGACCUUCAGGACGCUGCUCAAGAACAAGAUGGCCGAGAAACUGGAGGAGAUGAGUCGUAAAGGUCUGGGCGGCGGAGACAACAAGAAGGUGGUGGAAUCGGCGCUCAAGUACCUGAUGGAGAACAUCCCGAAGCUGGCCCUCAACAAAGACAACAAGGAGGUGUCGACGGAGGUCCUCAGCAGCAUCUCUUUCUACCCUCAGUUAAGUGACUUCAUCAAAAAGGUCGUCGAAGAACGAUACAACGAAGAACUACAAAGAAGUAAGUCCAGAUUGAACGGGUCGGUGGUGGACCUUCACGCCGUCAACGGCCUCAAAGGUGACAACUGUGACCUGACCGUCCCGUCCUACUCCCCUUCUUGUAACGGACUCGUGAAGGCAGAGUCCGCCGACCCCGUCACCACGGACUCCAACCAUUCUAGUCAGUCGCUGAUCUCGUCCCUUCCCAGUCCCAACCUUAAGGAAAUGAUCGCCCAGAUGAUUGGACAGAAGCUGGGCUGCGAACUUCCACUUGGUAAAGAAAGUUCCACUGGGAACAGCUCAGGUGGAAAGCUGCACCAGUCAGGAUUCUCCUUCACCUCCCUGGCAGACUCUGACACCAAGCUUAACGGGGAGAAGCGAGACCAAAACAAGAAAGGCUCCUCGUCCUCGUCCUCGCCCACAGGAGGUAAAGGCUCAAGACCGAAACGAGGAAAAUACAGAAACUACGACAGGGAUAAUCUCCUGAAGGCGGUGCAGGCGGUGCAGAGUGGAGAGAUGAGUGUCCACAGGGCCGGGAGCUUCUACGGUGUCCCACACUCAACCCUCGAGUAUAAGGUGAAGGAGAGACACCUCAGUCGCGGUAAGAACAAGAGAGAAAUGAACACCUCCUCAUCGAGCUGCUCCUCCCCUGUUGAUAGAAUCAAGAAGGAAAACAACACUAGAAGUCCAGUAGACACUGUGAGACUCCCAGCAGAGACGAUAAAGACCCCAGCAGACACCACGUCCACUAUCGAUAUGACGGGUGAAGAAAGUUCCAAGAGUGAGGAAAAUGUAACUCGACCAUUGAUGAAGAAGGCUCGUGUGGAUGGUGAUACAGGAACCUACUCCAGCUAUCCGCCACUCUCGUCCGCGCCUCUGUCCUCCACUUCCAUCACUCCGUCGCCCUUAUCGUCCACCCCUCUUCUAACCAGUCCGUUCACCCUCUGGAACGGUGCCCACAUGGUGCCUCCCUUCCUCUCCAGCUACCAGCAGGACCCCUUCUACGCCUCACAGAUGAUCCGGAGGUUCCAGGAGGCGGCUGCCAAAAGUCAUGCUGGGGUCAGCUCCCUCUCCCCACCUGGUAAUGAUCGUUCCACUUCACCUGUUGCCACCAACUUGUCCAAGGAGCCCUCACCCACGCCCCCCUACCAGGGCAGUGUGCUAGACGCCCUGCUGAGGGGGAAAACAACAACCACAAGUGCUAACAAAACGACAACAACAAGCAGCAGCAACAGCAGCAGUAACAGUCCCCUCCCGAGCAACGAUACGUCUUGGCAAGUGUCGUCGAGCCUGCUGAGCCUGACGAAGGGGCUGGUGAUGGAGCAGCAGCAGCAGCAGCAGAGGGUGGAAGAGGCCUCCACGCCACCACUGAUACAACCUCAGGGGAUCAUGGCCUUCAACACCCUCUACUCCUUCCCCGCCCUGGCAGCUCGCAGCACCUUGGCUGCCCUACAGAAACAUCCCUCACCUAGGGACUCCCAAAGGGAUGUCACCUCCAGCCCAGAAGUUGAUAUCCUUCCACUGCCGUUAGUGAAGGACGCACGUCAACCCACACCCGUCGCUGCGGACCAACCUUGAGCCUCGUCAGUCUUCACCUGCCUCCCCUGCCCAUGGUUGACACAUCUGACAUAGUAACUUAGAAUUCCAUAGUUCAAUUGAUAUAUUUUUCUGUUACUAAUAUAUGCUUUAACUUGGUCAUUUAGAAAAAGGGGAAUUAACGUGACGGAGAGAGUCGCUGUAACUCCUCUGUGUCGGCCGAGUCACACCAUUUCUUUAUACAUAUAUAUAUUUUUUCUUCUGAUCUUUAAUAUGAAACCAUUUUUAUUUUUUUCACUUCUCAAGUGUGUUGAUCUUGUCGUUGUUGGUUAUUUCCGUCGUAAAUAACUGACCUUAUCAUCUUAUUCAUAAUGAAUACAAGUAAAUAUUCUUAACCAAUUAUUUGUCUUUUAAGCAAGAAAGAGCCGAUGACGCUUGAUAAUGUUAAUCCUGAUAAGACAAUUUGCUUAAUCUUACAUAUUCUUACAUGUAGAGAAGAAAAGACAAUCUGCCUAACAUUUAAACCAUUCCAUGAACCUAACAGGAAGUGUAGUAGGUUAUGUAGAUAAUGUGUGUGUGUGUGUGUGUGUGUGUGUGUGUGUGUCUCUCCUCUUACCGCUUCUUCUGGUUCUUCCUCGCAAUGUUCUCAAUCUUCUUCCUGUUCCUUCUCUUAUUACCCAUUCCAUAAUCUUUUUCUUCUACGAAAGAAUAAAGAGAGAAAGAAUAAUACUGUGUGUGUGAGUGUGUGUGUGAGUGUGUGUGUGUGUGUGUGUGUGUGUGUGUGUGUGUGUGUGUGUGAGAGAGACAGUCUUGUACUGGAUGUGAUACUCGGUCAGUAUUUGACAGUACCAAGAUAAGAUAGAUAGAUUAUAUAAUGUUUAUAUAUAUUAAUGCACCUAAGAUAAUUUGAUAACAAGUUUAAGACGUGAUAACCAAAAUUUUGAGGGUGACGUAAAAUUUUAUACACGAUAACAAGACAUUUUAGACAGAAUACCGAGAAACCGUAGAUAUAACGAGUCAUUUAGAUAUAAUAACGACACAUUUUAGACAUAGCGAGACGCUUUAGACACGAUAACGAAGCGUUUUUAGGCAAUGCCGACAAAUUUGAGAAGUGAUAACUGACAAUCUUAGACGUGAUAACAAUUUUCAACUUUACAACGAAAAUUUCAUGAAUGCGACAAUUUUAAUCAGUGAUAACGAGAUUUUCUAGACAUAACAAUUUUAGACAUGAUAAUGACAAUUUUAGACAUGAAUCUCAGUUUUAGACUUGACAAUGGCAGUUUUAGACAAAAUAGUACACUUCAGUUCAUGUUGUCGUCAUAUGAACAACAAAAGAUUUAUUAUUGACAAGAUACCUGGCCAGUGUAAUAAGGGUUUAACCACCUAUUGAGGAAUUAAGAUCUCCUUCUGCUGUGGAGGAAAAAAUUAAGAUCUUAUGCUGUGGAGGAAAAAAUUAAGAUCUUAUGCUGUGGAGGAAAAAAUUAAGAUCUUAUGCUGUGGAGGAAAAAAUUAAGAUCUUAUGCUGUGGAGGAAAAAAUUAAGAUCUUAUGCUGUGACGGAAGAAUUAAAAUCACCUUCUGCUGUGAGGAAAGAAUUAAAAUCUUCUGCUGUGACGGAAAAAAAUGUUUCCUUCUACGAGGGAAACGUAAAUUAAGAUCUGUUGCUGUGAGGGAAACGUCGAAAUAAAUAAAUACUCUCUUAAGUCCUGUCACUAUGGAGUUCUUUUUUGUUUAACCACUACAAGAGAAGAUAAUGACUGUGGUGGCCAAGUGACAGCUCUGAGGUGGUCACUCUGCCUCCGGAUUCUCAAGGAUUCACGAGCUUAUUUCUUCGUCUCUUUGCCUGACUGAGGUUAAGAAGACGUGUCUAAGGUAUGGCAGAGUUUCGUUGUUUUGACUCUUGCCUUUGUGCCCUCGCUUAAGUGACCCAGUUAGAUGCGUUCUUACGUCACCAAUGAGAAAGGAAACUGUAAGUGUGUGAGACUGGUAGAGAAUCCAGUGGGAACGCUUCUUUCAGGCCUCACUUAAUCAGGAACACAAACAACGGGGUCGAAAUAUAUUCAAAAUUGCUCUGAAGCUUAAACUUGCCUACAGCCGUUCUUACUUAUAGUUACGAGAGUAUGUGUAACGUACGACUCGCUAAGAAUCUGAAUCCAGUUACUCGUGUGGUCAAGAACGCCCCAUGAUACUUAGGCAACAUUAAAAGACGCUUUGGAAAUUCCGGGUUGAUAUCUUCAGAUGUUCUUCAGAUAGCCUCCAAACCCGUCCAUGUAGAAGUAUUUAAUAGAAUAAGAGGUAUUUCUAUUUUGUCAUUAUAGUUCCCCGAUGGUGAUGAUAUAUAUAAAUACUGGAUUUUUUUUUCUCUCUUAAAGGGGCUGAUAAGAAGAAUAUUCAGACCUGUUGAUUGCUCUAAGAACUAUGUCUUAAUGUAGUGAAGAAGGUUUUAACACCGACUUUACUGUUUCUGUACCAGAGAGGAACUAGGCGAGUCACGGGCCACACAAGACGGUGCUCGACACCCGCCACUAACUAAACAAGUACAAUAUGUGUCUAUACGAUUUUUUUUCUGCCUUGCUUAAUAAGAUUUACUUCAUAACGUAAAUAUUUCAACUGUGGAAAUUGUAAAUGUAGAGAAGCACUGUCUUGUGUUGCCAACAAACUCACAGUGUAAUGUUCCUCCCUGUGGGGUUUGUCUGGCCAACACCACUGCAGUCAUCUACCAGAGUCACCAUAGUUUUAGUCAUUAAUUAAAAAUCAGAUACAGUAUUUUAGGGAGUUAAUUAUAUACUUUAAUAGCCAAUAAUGAAUCAGCUUGGCUGUGACGUCCAUUACCCCCAGAAGCCAAUCAGGAAGCAGCCUGGCAGUGGAGGUGGUGUUGGCCAACCCUGUUAGAGCAUAUGUGUAGACUUCUGUCCUUUGUACGAUGCUCACGAGAAUGCUCACAAAACCAGUGAUAUAUUCCUGAACCUACUAUGUACCUAUAACCCAAUAUUCGGUAAUAUUUUGAGUAAUAUUAUCCUUAAUGGUAUAUAUAGAGACUCCAAUCUCAGUGUGAUACAUGGCACCUCCUUCUCUGUUAUGUGAACAAAGUUGUUUUCACCGUGUUGUAGGAGGCGGAUCCAAACUUUUGGUGGGAAAAUGCCCCAGUGCUCGAAUUAUUCCAGACAUAUUGCUAAUCAACCAGUUGUGUCCCCAUUCUCCUAUUAUCCUAGCCAAGUGUGUUUCAGGUGUAUCUAUGAUGGAAGAUAAUGGUAUAUAACGCUAACUUGUAAUGCAGUAUAUGUGUAUAUGUUAUCAGGGUAUUUUUAGAAACUGCUGCCACUUGGUUAAGAGUGUGUGAUGCACUCUUAAGGUUCAUGCUGUGUUCAUGAACGGACUGAAGUGCUUUGAACUUUUCUGAGCAGAUUGAAGCGUCUCGUCAUUUGAUUCAGAGACUGGAGCGCUUUGAGCCCUGUUAGCAGACCGAAACAUUUCGAACUCUUAAUAGAUAUCGAGACGCUUCGAACUCUAUAGAUGGGUACUCUGAACCCAUUUAACCUUUUUUUCAUUAUUUCAAGAAUCCCAACUUCGAAUCAUGUUUGAACAGCUUGAGAUGAUUCAAACAGAUUGAGACGUUUCACGUACCUAGAUGCGAGCCUCACUGGGAAACCGAACCAAAAUGGCCUCCGGAUCCGCCUUUAUAUAACUGGGUCUAUCUUGCCAUGUUGAGAUGCCAUGCUUCUGUGACAAUCUGACAAGGAAUUCAACAGGGUACAAUGAACUCUUCCAUAAGUGCAAUUAUUGUUCCAUGCUUGUGGGAUUGGAACUUUUGAUUGACGAGUUAUACAGCGAUUGUAACUCUUGAUAUCGUAAGUUGUUCAUGGAAGCAAAACUUUUCUAAUUUUGUGAGUUCUCGUCAUGGGAUUUCUACGUCUUGAUUUUCGAGUUCGUAUUCUGAGAUUCGAACUCUUCAAUUCAAUAGGUAGUUAUACUGGAAUUGGAGCUCAUGAUUUGAGAACCAUUCAGUGACUGGUCAAUUAAAGAAUAAGCUUUUAUUCUCAAGUUACGUGAUUGGUGAUUGAACUCUUUGUGAUGGUGAUGAGGACGCUGAUUGGCUGGUACUUAACUGGUGAUUUUAUCUCACCCAGGCUCUGUACUCUGAUUACCAAGAGUGUUUUGGAUUCUCGGAGAUUCUUACGUUAAUUAUUUUGUCCUUGUCAGCUGGGAUAGGUGAACACAUGGCUGGGUCUUAGUGAGUGUUUUUUUUUAUAAACCCAUACAAAUUGGCAGCCAUCUUUGUGUAGUAACUGUGCCAGACGCAAGAAUAAAGCUAUGUUCACUCAUCCUUUGAAAGAGGUUAAGGUACUUGUAACGUAAGAGCCGAAAAGAGAGUUCAACCCAUAUUGUAUUACCGUUUACCUGAACAUGAUUUCAUCUGUCAAUAAUGAAUGUAUUUUGUAUAGUAAUGUACAACAAACCUACUUAAGACCCCUCGUGGUCAGCCCCAGUUCGGGUACAAAUCAUUUUUAGGAUUUUUGUUAAUUGCCCGAAUAAUAAGGAUAAACAUGAGUAAAGUCUCUCAAGUGUAUUUUAUGUAGUUGCUUAGAGUUAUCAGUAAAAUCUGUUGUCAUCCAAUCAAAACAUCUGUUGCUACCUGUACAAUCAGUCAUAGCACGUGUUACAUGACAACUGUUGUUCGUCUAUAUUGACCAAAUUUGUCUUUUUUUUUAAUAUUUGAUGAUUGAGAAUUAUUAUUAUUAUUAUUAUUAUUAUUAUUAUUAUUAUUAUUAUUAUUAUUAUUAUUAUUAUUAUUAUUAUUAUUAUUAUUAUUAUACUGUUAAGUCUCCCGUCCCCAUAUGUACAGAUAUACAGUUGCUGUAGUGUUUCAGUGUUGCUUUAAAUAUACGGAAAAAAUAAUUGGCUGGAAUUAUGUAGCAUCGUCUUAUUUCGAUGAAUAAUUACAUAAGAAUUAUUUGCUGGUCAUUGAUUGGCUGGAACGAGUGAUGCCAAGUACUCCACUAGCCAAUGAGCUAGUCUUUAAAAACGAGUCUUCAUAAUUUUAGUCAGUAUUUGGGUAACUCUCAUUGAUGGAGUAAUAUAAAAAAGAUAAAGAUAAUGUUAUAUCUGUGUUAGUAAUAUAUUGAUGUAGAUGUGCAGUGGCUUUUAUGUUUUGUUAUUAUAUAAGAACUACCAGUCGAAAUAUGGGAACUUCGUAUGACCAGCACCACACUUCCAAGAUUUUUUUUUUGGUUCCUUUCCUAACCUGUCUUCUCCACAGUCCUCAAUGUACGGCAGGUGUCAGCUGUAGAGACAACCAGACCAUGUAUUUAAUUAUUACCACAGUAAGUUCUUAACAGUGAUUUAUUCCAUACUGAUAACAAAUUUGUAGUGAAUUUGUGUUGUACUGAUUAUUGUAUCCUUAUGUAAGAGUAAAGUGUUUAAUCUCAGUUACAACAGUUGAAUGUUAUAGGUGUUUGAGUUAAUGUGAAAUAUGGUUCAUUUUAUAGCAAGGUUAAUCUCACGAUGUUUAUUGCCAUUAUGUUUCUUAUUUAACUCAUAAGAAUGAUAACAACAACUGUCCCGUCAUUGUUGUUAGUCAUACGUGGCCAAAUUGUGACAUAACAUUGCCAAAUAUGAAUCUUCCAUUGUGAGUCUUUCUACUGUAACUACAAGGUAAACAGUGAUAAAUAUAUUCCAUAAAUUAUAUAAUAUUAGUUGAGGUAAUUUAGUACAGAAUGAUACAAGGACCAGCGAGCACGUUGUAGGGGUAACCAUGUUUUGUACUCCAGAAACUGUACAUUACUUAACUAGUGCAAUAUCGUACAGCAGCAAGAUAGAUGUAGUUGAUAAGUACAUGUGGGCCCAUUAUAGUUCGCAUUAGUGUGUUGGGUAAACAUUAUUAAACAACUAGAUACAGUAUUAAUUUUUAUAGAAGCAUAUCAAAGAGGAACGGUAAAUGCUCAGUUAUUGUCUUGCCAGUUAAGAGAGGAUUAGAUCUCCUGAAUCGUCUAUGGUAUUUUUAUAUACGUAGAUAAUUUGAUCAUCCUCACCGCAGAUUACAAUGAUCUCCCUCCGAUUAUACUUUCAUGAUUUUUUCCUUCUAAAUCUGAGUUCUUUUCAGCUAUCAGUAAUGACAUAGGUCUCGUUUCCAAGCCUCCAAUACUCUUUUAAAUCCGAAUUCUAAGUCCGGAGUUUUAUUGAGUCCGAUCCCAAGCCAACAGUACUGUACUAAAAGGUCUCUUGCCAAGCCUAUAGUGUUGUACUAAAGGUAUCUUGCCAAGCCUACAGUGCUAAACGAAUGGUCUCUUGCCAAGCUUACAGUGUAUAAAUUCCAAGCUCACGGUACUCUAGGGUUCAAUUACAGUUUGUAAGGUGAGAUUCUAAGUCCUUCUUGCCGUCUUCCAGCCCUUUGCACUCCACUUAUUUUGCGGCUCAAUUACUUAAUACAAAUCCGGUGGUGUUUUCCUUAUUUUAGCAAUAACGACGAUAGUGAGGAGUAUGUGAACAAUAGAGGUAUAUUUAGGGUGUUUGACGUCGCCGAGGGGAGGGGGGAACAGCACCCGUAAGUCUUUUUUCUGGCACAACUUCACAAAAAAAAGAGAUGAUCGUCAUUGAAUUAUAAACAUGAAGGCUAAAUCAGAUGUGACGCUCAGUGCAAAACACCGUCACUCUAGGAAGGGUUCGACUUUUAGAAGCAAACAUUAAUCAAGAAUCAAGUUUUGAAAGCUCGUAUAUUUUAGGUCCUCCAUAUUAAAGACGAUUGUUGAAGGGUGGGUUGUACAAGAUAAAUAAUAAAUCGAGGGAUAACUCUUAGGGGACAACAAAAGACACUCGGUAUUGUGUAUUGUACAAGUAAAUAUUAAUCAACAGGUGCCAAGUUUUAGUAGCUAUCUUUUAUUUCCGACACUUAAAAUCACCUCUCGAAUAAUAUAUUUUCCCCAGUAAAUGCAAAGAAAAUUUUGUAUCUAUUGAAUAUGUUUCCACUAGAGCCGAGUACCUGCUGAUGAAACUUACAAUUCAAUUUUAUUUAUAAAAAAAACAAGUGUACACAUCAGCCAUAAGAAUCUAUAGUUUUUACAUAAUUGUACAAGAAUAAUAUCCCUGCGACGGUAUAGUAUUUUAGACAGAAGGAAGUAUAGAUAGAAUAUAAAACACUGUGCCAAAUUACUAGUUAGUAUUGUACCAACUCAACCUGCCAUAGCAUAACGCCGUCUAGGGAAGCGUAGCCUUCGGUCUCACAAUUUUCUCCAGUAGGGUGGGUUUUCCAGAUUCCUUUAUGAAUUUAUUAUAUUUGUAACUACAUACAGGAGUGUAAGUCCUUAUUUAUUAUUUUAUUAUAUUUACGUUAAGAUGAGUAGUUUUUAUCUAAAUUAUUUUGAUAUUACGUAAUCGUGGAGGUAAUGGUGGAAUAUUUUGAUAUUGGGUGUGAGAUACGCGUUGAUGUAAGGAGGGAAAACAUGAUGUGGGGGUGAGGAACGCGUUGUGGGGGUGAGAUACGCGUUGAUGUAAGGGGGAAAACAUGAUGUGGGGGUGAGGAACGCGUUGUGGGGGUGAGAUACGCGUUGAUGGGGGUAACAGUUGAUGGUGGAGGGUGAGAUACGCGUUGAUGUGCUGAUGUGAGGAACGCAUUGAUUUGGGGAUGAGCGGAAAGGGUUAAUGAAUAAUGUAGGGUGAGGAACGCGUUGACCUGGAGGAGUGAACAGUAAGGGUAGUGACUUUGAAGGAAGGUCCGAUAAUACUGACAUCAGCAACAUCGAUGUGACAAGUGAACACCAUCUUUGUGUCUGUUGUUGACUGGCAAGCGUUGGGCACCCUCGAAUCCUCUCUCUCUCUCUCUCUCUCUCUCUCUCUCUCUCUCUCUCUCUCUCUCUCUCUCUC